CUCUAUCAUAUUACUUAUCGUGUCUGCUCAGGUACGGGUCGAUGAUGCAACGGUCUGAUUCUCUCAAAUCCCACUUAAGAAAGGUUGAUUUUUUUUUUUUUUAAUAUCUUCUAGAUUGUGCGGCCAAUGCAGCCGUCAGUCACUUUACACGGUUGGUUAGCAAUUGGUCAAUCUUGGUUUUUAGUGGGUAAUUUCGCCCCCAUCUUCUUGGGUGCGCGUCGUGAAUUCAGGGGAUGAGUCCAAAAGGCGAGUCGAUGGCACUUGGAAUUGUCAAGGUGUAAUUUCUUAUAUUAGCAGGGAGGGAAAUGUAGUUAAAAGCCGUACUUUUGGUUAGUUAAGUACCUUUUUCGAGCCCAGAUAGAAGUAUUUGUUUGGCUCGAGUCAAUGUCAUGCUGAUUGUCAAUGGUUUCAAAGUUGAAUCUCCUUUGGACCUUCCAUCUCUGCGGGUUCAGCAGUGCCGGUUGCAGCAUCUAUAAAUACAGCAAGGUUUUGAAACUCUGGACAUGAAUCUCUCUAGUGUGUUGGAUUCUCUGGAGAUGGUGAAAAGGCAACUUCAGGAGGGCGGUUCCGGAUCUUCAGCUCGAGGAUCAAGAAGAAGAAGGCCUAACAUUAACCAUUGGAGCACUGUGACCGGAGAACUGUCGCUGGGUGAAUUUGCAUCUUUUGUUGAGCCUCUCAUUCGGAAAGUGGUUAGUGAGGAAGUGGAAUGUCUGAUCUCACGCUUUCAUGAUCGGUCUUUAAGAGCGCCAUCUAAUCCUGUUGGAACUUCUGAAGAAAGCAGUUUGCGACUGCAGUUUCUUGCCAAAUUACCGGCAACCAUCUUCACUGGCAGACAUAUAGAAGCCGAGGACGGCAAUCUUCUGAGGAUCGAACUAGUAGAUGGCAGGACCAAUGAGAGGGUUACAAGUGGCUCUCUAUCUUCUGUAAAGCUCGAAAUUGUUGUCCUUGAUGGCGAUUUCGGGACGGACGAGGGAGAGGAUUGGACUGAGAAGGACUUCACUUGCAAUAUCGUUCAUGAAAGGGAAGGUAAAAGGCCAUUGAUAACUGGGGAGCUGACCGUGAUCUUGCAAGGAGGAAUUGGUUGCCUCCGCGAUUUAAUCAUCACUGACAACUCAAGCUGGAUGAGAAGUCGGAAAUUCAGGUUAGGAGCUCGAGCUCUUCAAAAGGUCUCUGCAGAAAUAAGAAUAAGGGAAGCGAGAAGUGCAAGUUUUGUCGUUAAAGAUCAUCGAGGAGAGUUUAACAAGAAGCAUCACCCUCCAUCUAUGAGCGACGAAGUGUGGCGCUUAGAGAAAAUAGCCAAAGAUGGCGCUCUACACAAGCGCAUGACUUCGAGAAGAAUCAACACUGUUCAAGAUUUCCUGCAGCUGUAUGAAGUCAAUGCAUCCUCUCUAAGAAAUAUACUUGGCACUGGGAUUGCCAACCGGACAUGGGAGACGAUUGUCAGACAUGCCGGCACCUGCGUGGUCGAUGAUAACAAGAUGUAUGCUUACUACCAAGCUUUGAACAAGGCCAGCAUACUGUUCAAUUCGAUAAUGAAUGUUACUCAAGCAACACUUGACGGCCAAACUUACCAGUCGCUAGACACAUUGACCCACUCUCAGAAGAUUUUGGUGCAGAACUUACAAUGGCAAGCUUACAAUAACAAGAAUCAGUGGGUGCCGCUCGAUGCCCUACCCAGCAUCACUCCUUCGAGAGCCCUGACCAACUUGCAUACAGAACCGUUAGUCGGUCUGAGCACACCUCUUCAUCAUCUAGAUUACACAGUGCUAAACCAAGAUAGACCAGAAGUGACUCCUGAAUUUAAUUACUUAUUGGCUUCAGCAUCGCGAUGCUACAAUGUCGCAGAAAACAGACAAUUAGAUUUUCCACCGAGUCAUAUCAUUGCAAAAACCUUUGAUCCCACCAUAGCAAACAGCUUAGCAAGGCAGGACUUUUUGUCCAGUUUUAGUGCCGGCGAAAGCAGUAAUCAUCUUGCUCACUCACAAGGACCCUUUGCACCGAACAUUCAUUUAUCUCCUGAAGAGCUUUUCAAUGUGCCAUCUCCGAUCCCUGGCAAUUUGAUGUGGACACCCGACCACACUUUCGUCCUCGAAUCAAGCAGCGGGGCAGAUUUAGGGAUCUGUCCAUCCGGCAUGGGUUUCGUCAUCCACAAGUCUAGGAUUUCAAGGCCCAGGGCGGCGUGGUGCAAGAUCCGUGCAGUGGUGAAGUGGGGAUCAGUUCGGCGCAUCGUGGCUGCAAAGAGAGCAGCCAUCUUCAAUUUUCCGAUUUAUUAAUAUGUACAAAUGGGAAGUCCUACGCCCGGGGAAGAAUUUUUUAGGUGCUCCAGAAGCACAGAGCUCUCAUCCACACAAGCCGACCGUGACGGGGUGAAGAAAUUUAUAAUGCUUGACGCCCUAUGAUUGGGUCUAGUGGAUGAGAAUGUCUUGUUUGGGGAGGACCAAGUUUCUGCAAAGCGUCUAAGGAUAAGCUGCCCUACAUGCAUCAAUUCAGUAGUAUGCCUAAGACUCUAAGGAUAAGUGCUAAUACAACAUCUGUGCUGUGUGCAGAUCGAGCAAGCUGAUCUUAUGAAGCACCUCAAUGGGAGGGUUCUUCUUCAAGAAUUGUAAGCGUUUUGUUUUUCUUGUUCAAGAAUUGCUUGGCAUUUUGUUUGUCCC